AUGCGGAGUACAAAUCGCCGGCUAAACCGGCGCACUCAGUUGCGGUUGACUCCAGCCGUUCAAGUCUAUCGAGUUCCAGAAGACCGGACGAACAAGAUUCCGGCCACCCCAUCUGUUCCAGUUUACAGACCGCCAUCAGCUGCUGCCGAAUACAAAGCGGCUGUCACGCCAACCUACCAAGUUGCAUCCGCACCGGAAUACGAAUAUACAACAGAACCCGCUGCGCCAGUUUACACAGUCCCCGCUUCUACACCAACUACCCCAGCGUAUAAAGCAACACAAGUUGACACGACUACACCUUACCGUCCACCAACUACCCCCUCUGUGCAAGCCAUUGCCGUUUACGUUCCAGAAGCUUCCACUCCAUUGCCUUACGAAGGCCAGCCCACAACUUCUGAGUACCCAAUUGCCGCUACUACCCCGGCCUACAGACCUCCUCCGCCAGCUUACGAAGUGGCCGCUCCUGCGCAAGAGGAAUCCGUCUACGAAGUGACGACCGUUCCAGCUGAAAUAUCAACUACACCCGCCUAUCAGAAUGACGCUGCUCCCUGGACGGCUUUCAGAGCUACAGAGGCUCCGUACCAAUCCCCUGCGCUUCCUGCCUACGUGCCUUCAACGACCGUCGAUAGCAUCCGUCCAUUUUACGAGACUUCCACGCUCACAUAUUUGAACGAAGCGCCAACUCCUCCGCCGCUCCCGACCCGCUUGAAGGCGCGUCCUUCCGUUUACGUUCCAGCCGAAGAAACGACUACGUACAGACCAGAAAUCAAUGACGCAACGACGACUGCACAAAGUGACGUCACCGCUCAGACUGUGACUGCUGCACCGGUUGUUUACGAAGCCCCUACUACCCCGUCAGCUUACAGAACUGUCCCGUCUGCAAUUCGAUCUCCGUGGACUGGACUCCGACCUGCACCGGAUGUCCCUUUGUACUACGUCGCUCCAACCACUUACAGGCCACUUAAUCCGGCCGUCUACAAAGUUCCGGACGCUCGUGUUUAUGAGUCGAACAGCGCAUCGAAAACUUCUUCAUCCGGUCCGACGUGGAACGCUUGGACUGCCUUCCGUUCGGCUCCUGUUCGUCCAGUCGGUCGUCCUGGUUCCCAAGUUUCAACUACUCCCGAUCCUUCCGCUUACAAAUUACCGACACCAUUGGUGGACAGAAAUCGAAAAGCUUAA